CCCACAUGCCAGGUGUAGUCUGGAUGAGGAGCUGAAAGCUCCGUGUCGUUAUUGCUGCUGCAUUCAUUCUGUAUUCUACAGCUUAGUAGUGGGUUAGAGUCACCUACGUUAGCUCCUAAAGCUUCGCUUGAUCACCACGAGUGUCAUUGAGACAGGUUGUGUUGUUUUGAUUGUCUACUUAGACUGGUAAAACUUUGAAACUCCGCUGGGCAGUGAGGAUGGAUACUCGCGCACUAGGGUGGUUAACAACCAGUGACCCCACCAAGGCCAUAUCUCAGUGUGUGGACAACUAUCUCCGUAUGCAUAAAAUGGAGAGUCCCUUACUUCUCAGCAUGGACUUAAGAAGAAGUCCGGCUGAACAGGACAUGGCCCUCAUCUCCUUUUACAAGCAACCUAAUGUGGAAUGGGGACGACCUCUGAAUUCCAGACUUGAAGGAGAUACUGCUAUUGGCCAGGGUGUAACCCGCUUUUUUUUCUCAACAUGCAUCGAAAAGCUGAAGUCUGGAUUUUGCAUACAUUUUGCAAACGCCAAUGUUACACGGCUUUUCGAAGGAGAGCCUGGACAUUUAGUCCCCUCAGCCUCUCACUUUCUGGUUGAAAGUGACAUGUUCAUGGUGGCUGGGAGAAUGGUAGGCCACUCUUUUCUUCAUGGAGGACCAUGCCUGGCUGGACUCAGCCCUGCUAUUGUCCAUGUACUACUUGGUGGUAGUCCUGAAACUGCCACAGUUACACUGGAGGACUGUCCAGACCUGGACAUAAGAGAAACGAUCAGGCUUCUUGAAGGGGAAUCCACACUGUCAGAGAAGGAUGCAGGAAGUGUCCAGGAAUUGGCCUAUGCCUGGGACCUCCCAUCCCUUACCGAGAAGAACAGGAGAUGGAUUUUUGAGAAGCUUCUGAUCCAUGCUGUGAUCGGCCGUGUCACAAGACAAAUAAAACAGUUUCGACGAGGUCUUAAAGAAACCUCAAUGUGGACAAUGCUGACCCAACGACCUGACACAGUGGCCUUGCUUCUCCCAAAAGAGGGAGGUGCGAAUAUCAGCCCUGAGGUACUUCUUCAGCGAAUCAUUUGGCCCUGUGAGGAUGACGAUGAUGAUGCCGAUUAUUCAGUUGACACCAGAUGCCGCAUGACAGGCUAUCUUCAACAGUUCAUUGUGAAUGCAACACCAACUGAAUUGACUAAUCUGGUCAAAUUCUGGACCGGGUGGGAGAUUCUACCAAUGAGACCCUCUGUAGAGGUAGUCAUGGGCCGAUACCCCACAGCCUCCACCUGCUUCGAGACCUUACGCAUCCCAGGGCAUUACAAAGAUUAUAAAUCUUUUGAAAGUGACAUUCAGGCCUGUAUUUGCUCUUGCCAAACAGGAUUUGGCCUUGUGUGAGAGACAAGAUUUGAUCUUGUACGAAAUGUUGAUGUAACUUUGUUGGCUGUUAAAAAUGUUGACUGUUAUGCAACAAGUAUUAAUGUUUAAAGAGUUGGCUGAAUUGUUAUACUUGGCCAGCCCUCACCAAAUUGAUACACUUGAUUAAGUGAUAUUGCUUGUUUUUUGGCAUUAGACACAUCUGAGGUUGAAAAAGUUUUAAACGUUAACGGAUUUUAUUUUGUCACCGUUACAUCUGGAGGGCUUGAAUGCCCUUUGCAGUUUUAAUAAAACAAAUGUCAAUUUCACACACAUACAAUGGUGGUGUGCAUAAAGUUGCAGGAGGUUUUUGGCAACAUGUUCAUUAUAAACAAUCUCUGCAGACAAAUAAAUCAUUAAUCCAGGA